AUUGGCAGACGGCGGAGUGCGGAGCCGUAGCGCAGCGGAGCUGAUCUGCAGCCGCUCCGCAGUCGGUGGAAAUCCGGGGUCAGUGUAGUUGCAUAUCACUGUGUAUACCGGUAUACGCUCAUGGGAUGUCAACCUGACUGCUUGCAAUCUAGAUGAACAACUCAAACUGUUUAUUUCAAGACACUCUGCAUUCUUCUCUGAGGACCUAAAAGGCCAGAAGACACUUCACCACAGUGGGGAUGUACUGGAGACCCAGGUGGUGGUUAAUCCAUCUCGUGCUUUGGUUUUCUCAGAAGGGUAAGGUAAAAGUAACCACGCUGAAUUUAAAUCAGACUAGUCGUUUCUCAAUAAGGCUGCAGCCUCCGGAGGUCGCAUUUCCAGGCUGCAUACGUCAUUAAGUCUUAUUUCAGAAUUUUAACAAUUAUAAAGUUGACUAUUAUUCUUAGUUAAUCGUAAAUUGUUGUAAUAUGCUUAUGAUUUGUGAAUGUAAUGCUCAGUUAACUUAAUCUUGAUGACGUAUGCAAUCUGCAUAUGCGACCUCCGGAGGCUGCAGCCUUCCGAUUGAGAAACGACCAAAGGUGACCGGCGGGCCGGAUAAAGUUGAUUGGCGGGCCGGACUUGGCCCGCGGGCCGCCAGUUGACUAGCCCUGCUGUAAACAAACCAACCAUGUGGAAAAGUGAACGAGUGAAGCAGACAGUGCACAACAUAAAAUCCGGAGAGUUAACAACGCACAUAUUCGUCGUCUUGUUUUUGAUACAUCUCUUCACAAGCUGCUAAUUCUUGCUGGACAAUCUGUUGAGGAGACUGGUGACCUUGUGUUGCAAACAGGGUCAUUUUCACUUAAUGACCUUAUCCACAUAUUCGAAGAUGAAGAGAUUGGGGAUUUUUUAAGCUCUGCAGACCCUAGUCAAAAAGCCAUCCUUACUCUGAGCUGCCCCAUAUAUGGAAUGUGGAGAAGUUCUCUUUUAGAAAAGCAUAAACUGCAAGAAAUUAUAGAAAUUAAAACCAACCAUCCAGUAGUGCUCUCAGAGAUGGAGGGCCUUCAGGAGUUCACUGAGUAUUUGUCAGAGUCUCUUGAAGUUCAGUCACCAUUUGAUCUGCUUGUGCCACCCAGUACAAUUGGCUUUCUGAAACUGUCCCGGCCAUGCUGUUAUGUGUUUCCAGGAGGAAGAGGUGACUGCGCCUUUUUCGCUGUUAAUGGUUUCAAUGUCUUGGUCAAUGGGGGGUCUGAUCCAAGUUCCUGUUUUUGGAAAUUGGUGAGACAUCUAGACCGAAUUGACUCCAUACUGCUUACCCAUGUUGGUGUAGAUAAUCUGCCUGGUUUAAACAGCCUGCUUCACAGAAAAGUGGCUGAACAUGAAAAAGAGGAGCUUGGUGCAUCACAGAGCAAUGAAGAUUGGCAGAGGAAUCUUAUGUCCCCGGAAAUAGGGGUUGUAUUUUUCAAUGCUUCAAAAAGACUUAAAACCUUUCAGAGUGACCCCAGGGUGCUUCGAAGCUGUGAACAGGCUGCGCUAACAUUACAACAUUUAGAAAACUUGUCAAUAUCUCCAGAGCAACUUAGCCGCUCAGCUGGCCCUGCUAUCGAGCCAGUAAUCCUUUUUCAGAAGAUGGGGGUAGGUCGACUAGAGCUUUAUGUACUCAAUCCAGUCAAAGGUAGCAAAGAAUUAGAGGCUUUUCUGCAAACUUGGCCCAAUGUAAAAGGCUCAGACAUCCCUUUAACCUGUAUGGUAUCCAUAUGUGCUCUGUUGGUAUGGCACCCGGCUAACCCUCAAGAAAAGUUAAUUCGUGUUCUGUUUUCUGGGUGUACACCAGAAUCCAAGAUCUUUGAAGGGUUGGAGAGACUAAAACACCUAGACUUCCUCAAACACCCAGUGGUUAGUUUAAAGGACCUGGAGUUGCCUAAACUGGAUAAACAUCCAAAGCAUGCAGAGAGUAAGGAAAGUCUUAAGAGUAUUUCCAAAGAAUCCAGAAAUAGUAGUGUCUCACACAAAGACAAACCAAUCAAAACUGAUGUGAAAAGGCAAGAGAAUAAAAGCAAGACAAAAUCCACCAAUGAUACUUUUCAGAAGGAAGGGAAAGAAAGUAAUGAGAAGGCAAAGACAAAAGACGAUGUGAAAGAGAAAUCUCUUAAGCCUAAUAAGCAAGAGCCUAAGAAAGAACCUUCUAAAGAUGAGAAGGAAGUUAGAAGGAAAGAGGAAAGGCCGACAACAAGUGUGACAAAGAAAGAUGUGAAUGUUGACCAAAAGAAAGAGCCCUUAAAAAAAGAUGCACAUGCGAAGCCCAAAAAAGAUAUUAAACCUGAAAUUAAAAAGGAGGUGAAAAAAGAGCCCAAACCAGAAGAGACUAAGUCAAACAAAUGUCUUGGUAAGGAUGCUAAGAAAACCACAGGAAAUGCACAAGGCAAUGGAGAGUGCAGAAAGUCAGUGGGAAAGAAUGGAUCAAUAAAGAGAGAUUUGAUAAAUAAAAAGGAUGCUUUAACCAAAUGGAAGCCAAAGCCAGGCAAAAAAGAAACUGAUGGGCUGAAAUAUUUAAAUAAAGGAGCUAGAGAUUGGUCAAAGCCAUCUACAAGUGAUGGCAUUGCUGCAGAAUUGUCAAACUUGGAGAUGGAGAAAAAUCCAUCACAGGAUGUUGACAGCAACCAUUUGAAUUUAAGAACUGAAGAUGCAAACUGGAACAGUAAUUUGCAGUUGAGAGGUUUUAAAACAGACACAGAAAAUCCAGGGAAGUUUCAUUGUAUGGAUAGACGCCAUGGCUCUGGUGGAUCUCUCUCACCAUUUGAAAAGACCCUAGCAAAUGUAAAUACUGUGCUCACACCAGCAUCACUUGAUGGAUGUUUAAAAGAGUGUAAAGACACUCUUGCAAGAGUUUCCUCUGACAAUGCUUCUCAGAUCUCUGAUGAAGAUGCUAAGGUAGGUAUUAGUAUGGCAUACAUUAAUGGACACUUAGCAGACCUUGUCCCAAAAACGGAUAUGUCAUUACCUUUAAAAACAUCUUAUAAUAGUCACAACACAUUUAAUGGAUCUGAGAAUCCUCUCUUUGGACCUCAGAGUGAUGUUCCGCCACAUGAUGUUGAUCUAUGCCUGGUUUCACCCUGUGAGUUUAAGCAUCACAAAUCUCUAGGGAACCAUCAGGAACUAUCUCCUGAGAUUGUUGACUCAAGUUCUGGCUUUUCUCAGGAGCAAGUUGCAUGUCGAUGCAAUAAUAAUGAUGAUAACCAGCUAAUGGAGAGCGGAGAGACCUCAACGCCCUUGCUGAUUUCGAAUUCUGAUUGUGAUCUCCCGCCAGCAACUGGAGAGUGUCCUACCAUUAGGGAGGACUUGAACGCUGAUGAGGAGAUUGGUGACAUGUUUUCACUCCAGCAUCCUCAUUCAUUACCCAAUGAUUCCUCAGAUGCUUGUGAAGACCCCCCACCAGCUCCUAAGAAGGAUUUACCGCCAAUGCCGCCUCAGCCUGGUGUCUGUAUGGCUGGCCCAGAGACUGAUGGUCAGAGCAAGUCUUCAAAGAAUGUAACAUCAAAAGCCAAGAGGCUACCUGCAUCAACGACAGCAUCAGCAAAUCUCAUAACACUGAGUGGGAAGACAAAGACUGGUGCUCAAGCAUCCACCAGUGGAACUAUAAGUGCAACAUCCAUUCUGGACACCCGGCCUGCAUCCCGAAACCCCAUCAGUGGGUGUAGACCAGCCCCCUCAAAGUCCUCAUUCGAUUCUGUCAGUGCUAAAUCAAGUUCAGUACCAGUUUGUUUGGACCUGGCAUAUUUGCCCUCUGGAUUGGGAGCUUCAACUGUUGAUGUAGAGUUUUUCCGGCACCUGCGCUCAUCCUGCUAUAUAAUUAGUGGAGAUGGGCCACACAAGGAAAAUGUAAUGCGAUCUAUUCUAGACUCUCUUUUAGAGGGAAAAGCAUCUUGGCCAGAUUUGCAGGUAACUCUGAUCCCUACGUUCGAAUCACUAGCUAUGCAUGACUGGUACCAGGAGACACACGAGAGACUGAGAGAUCUGGCAAUCACAGUACUGGGAAGUAACAGCACUGUGGCAAUGCAGGAUGAGACAUUCCCAGCAUGCAAAGUGGAAUUUUGAAGUCACCUUUAAGAAUUACACCCCCAUUUUUCACUAUAGAGCAAAUCUGUUUACAUGUUAAAGAAUUUGCACAGACAGCUUUUUAAAACACAGAAGACCUGAAUAAUAAUUAACUAGAGCAGUAGGAAGAUUGUGUGAUUAUUUAUGUAUAAUAUGUUGAUGUCUAUUCUUUUCUAUUCUAUUCUAACUGCUUGUUAAAAUGUAAACGGGGGUUGAAAUUGUUGCCAGUGCUUUUGUUUUACAUGUAUCAAUGUUAUUGUGUGUAAUUCAUUGCAUUUUUUUAAUUUCACGGUAUGUUAAUUAAAUUUACUCCAAACAA